AUGGAGGAAGUAGAGUUGGUGGCGUAUGCGGGGAUUGCGACGAGCAAGGGUAAUAUUCUCGCGGAUUACGGCCGAGACCGGGACGUGUACCGGGAGGCGAUCUCCGCCGCAUUACCCGCUCUCCCGGAACAUGCGUCACAAAUCUCCAUGGGCCACGGGCGGCUGUUCGUGCUGUUUCUGAUGGCAAAGGACGGAAUCGUCUUCUUCUGUCUGGGCUACGACCCGCUCACCAAGGACCAGGCGCGCGGGCUGCUGGGGCGCGUGCGCACGGCGUUCCUCUACUCCGCGCGCAAGUGCGACCUGCACUCGGGCGCGCCGCUGCCCGACGCGACGCGCGACAACAUCCGCAAGUCGUUCGCGUCGACCUUCCGCUCGCACAGAGGAAAGAUCGAGGAAGGCGCGCAGCCGCCGCCGCUGACGAUCUACCACGACGCGCCAUUCGCGUACCGAACCAAGUCGGAAGACUCGUUUCCCGCAGGUGAGAGUCAGGAUGGGGAGGAGAGCGACGAGGGGGAGGAGGGUGAGGAGGGGGUGUGGGAUGAUGACGAGGAUGAUGGUGAUUAUAGGGAAGGUGAUGGUGGUGGUGGUGGUGGUGGGGAGGACAGGGCAGAGAUUAGGGUGGAGGAUGGUGGGGGUGACCCUGACGAUUGUGACUUUAGGCGGAGUUCCGCAAACGGGGAAGCGGAAGGGAGGCCAGCGGACGAUACAGGAACAGGAACAGGGUCAAGACGCAGCGAAUCGAACGGCCAGGAUCAACAGAAGCGAGAGCAGCAGCUAGCAGCAGGAGGGAGCGACGCUGGGGGUGGGAACAACAGGGACGGCAAGGACGGCAGGGACGGCAGGGAUAAUGAUGCCCGCAAUGAUGACGAGGACUCAGGUGCUGCUGGUAACCCUAGUGCUGCUGGUUACUCUCCUGGUUACCCGCGCGUCGACAGUGGCAGAAGUGGCAGUGCCAGCAGUAGCCGCAGGUUCCUUGGUGGUGGUAGCGGUGGGGACAUCGCCACUGGUGUUGGUGGUGGUGGAGACAUAGCCUUCGGGGUAGGCACUGGUGUUGGUGGUGGUGGAGACAUAGCCUUCGGGGUAGGCACUGGUGUUGGUGGUGGUGGAGACAUAGCCUUCGGGGUAGGCACUGGUGUUGGUGGUGGUGGAGACAUAGCCUUCGGGGUAGGCACUGGUGUUGCGGCUGCAUGGAAGUCUGGGCCUGGGAGUGACAGCGGCGUUCCGACUGCUGGGUACGGCAGUUACCGCGUAACCGACCAGUUUGGCGCAUCUGCGAGUAUUGUGUCCGAGCCGUCUGCGUCGCCUCGGUCUCCUGCGAGUUCUGUUGCCGUUCCUGUCCUUCGCCGAACCUACACGGACUGCGAUCGGCUCGCUGCGGCAGGAGGUUUGGGAGGAGGUGCGGAAGCAGCAGCAGCUGGUGGUGCGGUUGGUGCUGGUGCGGCAGAUUCAACCGCCGCCAUGGCAUCCCGGCUCGCGAUCCUUAUCGCCGUUCUGGCAAUGGCGGCCGCAGCGCACGCUACAAGCUCCGCAAGCACGGCCGCAAAGGCAGCUGCCAAGCCCUACCCGUCAUACCUGAAAGGCCUCUGUACCAAGGGCGGCUGCGAUUAUAAUUCCGGCUCGUUCGACUACUGGACGAUCCCCGAGUACGGCGCAUGCGUGAACUCCCCGCCGUCGUCGUCGCUGCCGUACUGCGCGGCCGGCAGCAUCCACGCCAAGGCAUGCUGCAACAAGUGCUCCAACACCACCGGCACCAACUCCUUCAACUGCCGCUACUGGGUGCACAUCCCGUCCUCCGGGGCAAGCUCGGACACCUGCUCCGGGAAGCCCUGCGGCAAGUGCAUCCUGCUCCCCGCGAUUGACGGCAUCGAGCCCAUUAGAGCAGUCAGCUUUACAGCAGGUUUCCACCAGCUUUCCUCGUCGCAAGCAAUUUUCGAGUCGAUUAAAAAUUCGUCGCAAUCGCGGUAUAUUAGAGCAGCCAAUCGGAGAACGCCGUCGAACAACUUCCAACUUCCUGAUAAUCGCACCGUUUCAUACAUUCUUCGGCCGGACCACGAGCGUUGCGUAGCUGAUUACGCAGCCGAUUUUUUCGCAGAAGCCGUCGCCGAGAGCAGAACGACAUUGCUUAGCGAGCGAAACUCAGGUUUUGCGAACUGGUUGCACGACAUGGAUCGCACGGCUCGCCUGCUUCUGUCGCUCGUCGCCCUUCUCGUCGCUUCUGCCCUCACGCCACGUGUGCGUGCCGCUAGCGAGCUGAGUGACGCGGACCCGUUCCCCCUUCGGCUGCACCACGCGAGAUUUCAUGAACAGGUGGACUCCCCCCUUGCCACGUCAGCAUCGGACCCCUUGUCGAACUCCCCCGCCACGUCAGCGGCCUACUCGUCCCACCUCGCCACGGCAGCUUCCGUUGCUCCAGAGGAAGCUUCGUCAGAUGCUGUGUUGCGGCUGAAGCAACAGCAAGAGGAUUUCCAAAUAGUGACUGGUGGGAGCAGUGAAAGCAAUGGGGGCAGUGAAAGCAGAGGGGGCAGUGGGAGCAGCAGCAGCAGCGGCAGCAGCAGUGACAGGAGGGGAAGCUACAGUAACCAAGUGUACACUGUAUACUUAAGAGGGUUACCACCCGUUGUCAGUUACACCGGCGGUGUUCCCGGCUUUGAAGCCACCGCCAUCGCCGCCGCCACUGACGCCGAUGCUGACGUGGCAGCAGUGGGGACCACAGAACAAAAUCCCACACCAUUCCCCCCCAGGCCCGAUCCUAAAGCCUCCCACGUGCUAGCAUACACACAGCAACUCGCGUCUCAACAUUCCCACACCAUCGCAAGCAUUGGCCUCUCAUCUUCAGACAUUCUUUACUCCUACACUUACCUAAGUAACGCGUUUUGCGUCUCACUCACUCCCUCCCAGCUGCAUCGGCUUAAACGCCAUCCAGCCGUCGAUCGAAUUGAACGGUCGAGAUCGCUCGCACCCCUCAUGACAAUGACACCCGCCUUUCUCAACCUCUCCUCUGUCGUCUGGAAAGGCCUCGGGGGGCCGAACCGCGCGGGGGAAAAUGUGAUUAUAGGCGUGGUGGACUCGGGUAUUUGGCCGGAGCACCCCGCGUUUUCCGGGCGGGGGUACACCCGCCCGAAGAAGACCUGGCGGGGCAAAUGUGUGGCGACCAAAGACUUUAAAGCCACUUCCUGCAAUAACAAAAUUAUUGCCGCGCAAUUCUUUUCCGCUGCUUACCUCAAGGCAAACAAGGGGUAUCCCAAGGGGGAAUACGCGUCCCCUAGAGACAGCACAGGUCACGGCACUUGGUGUGCUGGCGCUGCUGCCGGCAACAGCAAUAUUCCGGUUAGAAUGAGCCCGGGGAGCCGCGUGAUUGGUCGGAUGAGCGGCAUGGCCCCGCGGGCGAGAAUAGCGGUGUACAAGGCGGUGUGGGGCGGGGAGAGCAGCGUGGGGGAUGUGAUGGCUGCUGUGGAGCAGGCAGUGCGGGAUGGAGUGGAUAUUCUGCUGUUACCCAUUGGGAGUACCGAUGAUGACUACUUCAACUCCGCGUUCCUGCUCAGGGCUGUGCAGGCGGGCGUGUUUGUGGUGGCAGCAGCGGGGAAUGAAGGCAUGGCACCGGGGCUAAAGCAGCAGCGCACGCUCGCUAACGUGUCUCCAUACAUCUUCACUGUUGCUGCCAGUGGCAUUCCGCGGGAGUGGCAGGCCAAGAUUACUCUCGGCAACGGGAAGGGGUACUUGGGAAUCACACAGCAAGGGGGCGGCCUCAGAACCACCACCAACCUCCCCCUUGUGGAUGCUAAGACCGCUGGCACUGCCAAAGCGGAAACUCAGGAGGCGGAGCAGUGCCGCAUGGGCAUGCUAGACCCUGCCAAGGUGAUGGGGGCGGCGGUGCUGUGCUGGCACGGCAGCGUGUCAUUGGAGGAGAAGGCGCUGACGGUGCAGACGGCGGGCGGCAAGGCGGUGCUGCUGGUGGUGCAGAGUCCAAGUCAGUACGUGCGAUCGGUGACCGGAACGUUCCCGGGGGUGACCUUUGGCAUGACCAUAUCGCAAGCCAUCAAGGACUAUCUCAAGAGCGCCACCAAGCCGACAGUCUCAAUCUCCCCUAUCCUCUACACCCGUCCUAAAGGAACCCUAGCUCCGGUCAUGGCCUACUUUUCCUCCUCGGGUCCGCCCCUCGACCCCUGGGUCUCCACCCCCAAGAACCCCACCGUCACCAACGGCAUCUUAAAGCCCGACAUCACCGCUCCAGGCCUCGCCCUCGUCUCCUCCACCAACUCCGGCAACGCCGCUUCCCCGGGCUUUAAGUUAGACAGCGGCACCUCUGCUGCGGCUUCCGUCGCCGCGGGUGUGGCGGCGCUGCUGAUUCAGAAAUACCCGAGUUGGACCCCCGGAAUGGUGAAAUCGGCUUUAAUGACGACUGCUUCGGUGAAGGACAUGUGGGGGAAGGGGAUUCGCUCGUGGGAUUGGACGUACGCGUCGCCGUGGCAGUUUGGCUCGGGGCAUAUUACCCCGGGAAAAUCGCUAAAUCCGGGGCUAGUUUACGACGUUCGGGCAGCGAACUACAUUAAUUUCCUCGCGGGAUUGGACGAGAAAAAGGCCAAGGCGGCUUUUCCGGCAGCGGCUCUGUCCCCUAUCGAGACGUACAACCUGAACCAGCCGAAUAUCGCUAUAGGGAGGAUGAAACAGACGCUGAACGUGACGCGGUGGGUGACCAACGUGGCGUUUAAAGCGUCGACUUAUAAGGUGUAUCUGGUGAAGCCUGAUGGGGUGAGUGUGUCUGUAUCCCCGUCGACGCUGACUUUAAAGCCCAGGCAGAGGGCGGCGUAUAACGUGACGAUUAUUCCCAAGGCGGUUCAGAAGAACUUCACGUUUGGGAGCAUCACAUGGAAGGAUAGCGUGCAUGAGGUGCGGAGCGUGCUGGCUGUGCAGCCCAUUGAAAAGAAAUCCAAGUGA